AUGCCCCGCUCGUUUCUGGUGGACUCUUUGAUUUUGCGGGAAUCGAACGAGAAGGGUGGUGAGAACACCCCACCUCCGUUGCUCCCGUACGCCGUGCACCCGCAACACGCGCUGCACGGACUCACCGCGGCGUCCUGUCACGCGCGCAAGGCGGGUCUGCUGUGCUUCUGCCCGCUGUGCAUGGCGGCCGCGGCGUCCCAGCAUCUCCACCCGCCUCCACCGGCGCUCCCGCUGCUCAAAGCGGCCGCCGUAGCCGCCUCGUUCCCGGCCUUCGGCUCGCAGUGCUGCCCGUCCCUCCCGCGCCAACACUCGCCCCCCGGCGGCCUGAACCUGAGCCACGGGGCCGGAGCCGCGCUCUACCAGAGCGCCUACCAGGUCAGCGACCCGCGCCACUUCCACUGCAUGUCCAUCGAGAACAGCAACAGCCAGCUUCAGAGCAGCAAGCGGAUGCGCACGGCGUUCACCAGCAUGCAGCUCCUGGAGCUGGAGCGCGAGUUCACCUCCAACAUGUACCUGUCCAGGCUGCGGCGGAUAGAGAUCGCCACCUACCUCAACCUGUCUGAGAAACAGGUCAAGAUCUGGUUCCAGAACCGCCGGGUCAAGCACAAGAAAGAGGGCAAAGGGGGCUCGCACCGCUCGGGCUCGCUGCACUGCAAGUGCUCGUCGGCGAGGUGCUCCGAGGAGGAGGACGACGCGCCCAUGUCGCCCUCGUCAUCGGGGAAGGAGGACGCAGAUCUCUCCGUCAGCCCCUGA